UCUUUUCACUAUUCGUAAUUUUGCAUCUUUAGAACCCUAGACACGCCAGGGUUUUAUAUACUUGGCCGCGGCGUCUCCGUUAUCUCUUCCCGAUUCCACUUUUCCCGUCCGUCGGAGAUUUCAAGCAACCCGAAUCCCAAAAAUGGCGUCGGAGAAGAAGCUAUCGAACCCAAUGAGAGACAUCAAAGUGCAGAAGCUGGUGCUCAACAUCUCCGUAGGUGAGAGUGGAGAUCGUCUCACCAGAGCCUCCAAGGUUCUGGAGCAGUUGAGUGGUCAGACUCCUGUUUUCUCCAAGGCAAGAUACACUGUUCGUUCUUUCGGUAUCAGACGUAACGAGAAGAUUGCUUGCUACGUGACCGUCAGGGGAGACAAGGCUAUGCAACUCCUUGAAAGUGGACUCAAAGUUAAAGAGUAUGAGCUCUUGAGAAGGAACUUCAGCGACACUGGUUGCUUCGGUUUCGGUAUUCAGGAGCAUAUUGAUUUGGGUAUCAAGUAUGACCCGUCGACUGGAAUCUACGGUAUGGACUUCUAUGUUGUUCUUGAGCGUCCUGGUUAUCGUGUGGCGCGUCGCAGAAGGUGCAAGGCUCGUGUUGGUAUCCAGCACAGAGUCACCAAAGAUGAUGCCAUGAAAUGGUUCCAAGUGAAGUAUGAAGGAGUCAUUCUCAACAAGACUCAGAACAUUACUGGCUAAGACCAUCCUCUCAAACAGAAGGAUCUAUAAUCAUAUAAAUCUGUGUGUUAAUCGUGUUUUCUUAGUUUUGCUAUUUCGUUUAUCAGACACUUGGGUAUCAUUACCUAUUCUACAAUGAUUGCACGGAUUAGACUUUGUGAAAUUAUCCAACAAACGCGUUUUUACUUUGGUUUGCUUAGAUUAUUUAUCAUAAAGAAUCUUUGACUA